AUGAAUUUAGAUUUUGAUGCAAAAAAAUUCACCGAAUUAGAAGAUUUACAAAUUACUGGAAAACUGCAAGGAGUUAGCCAAAUUAUUGGUAAACAUUUGGAUAACAAACAUUUGAUACAAUACAUAACACGAUUCCGGAAACAGCAGAAUCGUUUAAAUGCAGCAAUAACAGCUAUUAAAGAAAAUCAGUUAAAAAAAUUACGAAAUUUACUUGACAGUUUAAGUUUAAUUCACAUUGCUGUAUGUUAUGAACGCCAUGAAAUUGUCAAUUAUCUCGCAAAUGUUUUUCCAAAAAGCAUCGAUAUUUUAGAUGCGAAUGGUAGGGCAGCAAUACAUUAUGCAGCAACUCAAAAGAAUGCAAUUUAUGAUACGUUGAUUGAUUGUGGCGCAGAUAGUUCACUUCCUGAUAAGAUUGGUAUAACAGCUGCACAAUAUCGUGAAAAUUCUGAUGCUGUAAUACCAUCACCAUUGUUAUCACCAAUGAGUGAUGAUUUAACUUUCAAACGUUAUUCGCUUAGUGAAAAUCUAUUUGAUCCAGUACUUAUUUCCGAUGCUCCAACUGAGAAUGAUAUAAUUCGAUGGCUUGAAAAUGGCAAUGUCCAACAAUUGGAGAAAAUUUUUUUUGACGGUCGCGGUUAUUUAUUAGCUGAUAAAACUUCAAAUGAUAUUGCCAUGAGUCAAUUUCUCAAAGAAUUAUUCAAAUAUCAAAAUAAAAUUGAUAUGACUCAUAAAGCAGCAGAAGAAGGUGAUAUUGGACAACUGAUAGCAUUAAUUGAUGUUGAGAAAUUUUCUGUUGCACGCGAUAGAUAUGGUAUGACACCUUUGCAUAUAGCUGUAUUGCAUGGACAAACAAAUGUAGUUCGUUAUUUGUUAGCAAAAUAUCCAUCCUGUGUUAAUGCUACCAAUCAUACUGGUCGAACUGCAUUACAUUAUGCUUUCGCAAAUCAAGCUAGUAAAAUUAUGGUAAAAAUGCUACAAAAAGCUGGCGCUGAUGCUUUUAUUGAAGAUAAGUUUGGCCAUGCACCACUUUAUUAUCAAAACAAUGCGAAUCAAUUGGAUAUUAAAAUAAUGAUUAAAGAUAAUGAUCAGAUGGAUGAGCUUAUUAGUGGUCAAAUGAGUGGACCACUUUUGCAAGAUUUUGACGACAACAUUUCUGAAUGGAUUCAUACUAGCAAUUUGAGGAAAUUAGAUAAUCUAGUACUAAAUGGCUACUCCGAUUUAUUAUCCGGUCGAACGUAUGAAAUUGAUGAUCCGGAUGUUCGUCAUUUCCUGAAUGCAUUACCACAAUAUCAGAACAAAAUUGAUGCAAUUCAUAAAGCUAUUGAAACGGAUAACUUACAAACAAUUAAAGUAUUAAUAGAUCGGAAAAAGAUGGCAUUUUGUCGUGACGCACGACAUUUAACACCAUUGCAUAAAGCGAUCAUUUUGGGUCAAAUUGAAAUUGUUAAAUUUUUAAUUAAAAAUUAUCCACAAGUAACGAAUGCAAUGGAUGCGAAUAAACGAACACCACUUCAUUAUGCAGCAGCUUUAUCCGAUGGUGGUUACAUGUAUAAAAAAAUGCGUAAUGUUGGAGCUGAUUCAAAAAUUUGCGAUUGUAAUGGUCAACAACCAAGUUAUUAUCUUAAAAAUCCUGAAGAAAUUGAUUUUAAAGCAAUCAACAUAGAUAGAGAAGUCGUUCUAGAUGAAAUCAUUCGUAAUCGCAUGACAUCAUCCUGUUUGCAAACAAACAUUCGUCAAUGGCUUCAGGAUGGUAAUAUCAAUAAGUUGGAGCAACUGGUACUUUCAGGAUGUGGUGAUUUACUUUUUGGUCACACAACAAAUAAUUCAAACUCAAACCUUUUCCUUGAUCAUUUGAAUAAUUAUCUGGACGAAAUUGAUGAAAUUCAUAAAACAAUCAAGAAAGGUGACCUAAAACAUGUCAAGGAAUUAAUUAGUUCAAAAAAGUUGGCAAUAGCUCGAAAUCAAUUUGGCCAAACGCCACUUCAUACUGCAAUCAUUUAUGAACAAACGGAAAUAAUUCGUCACAUUGUAUCAAAUUUUCCAUCUGCAUUAAAUGCUUCUGAUUAUAAUAGGCGUACAGCAAUGCAUUAUGCAGCGGCUACUCGUGAUGGUGGACAUUACAUGAAAAUUUUGAUUAAAGCUGGAGCUGAUUCAAAGGCAUUGGAUGAUGAAGGUUAUACACCACAUCAUUAUGGUCUUAACAGUGUGAUUAAUUUGGACUUACUAAAAGAGACUGAUGAUAACGAUGAGAAUGUUCUUAUCUCAGAGAAUUUUAUUUCUGAACAAUCUAUACCAUUUAUUGAUUCAAUGAGUAGUGAUUCAGCAUCUGCCAUCAGUUCAUCUGAUAUAUCAGCAAGUACGACAGAGCAAGAUGAAGCAAAUGAUGGAUAUAAUUUUGAAUAUGAUACACUAAGUGAAAUCGUAUCACCAACAUGCAGUAAUGAUGUUUAUUUAGCAAGAACUGUUGCGCCUAUUCUUACUAAGGCACUUACUGAGGUAUUGUUGCAACGACCAAUUGAUCCAAUCAUUUUCAUUGCUGAUUGGCUUACUCAUUAUCGUGAGAAAAAUCCAUUAUCAUAG